GCGGUCGCCCCAGCUGCCGCCGGCAGGCUCGCCCGUGCAGCCGCGAUGCCCCGCCGCCCGCCCUCGGCCCGGGUCCCCGGCCCACCGCGCAAUUAGCGUUCGUGCGCCCUGAGCGCGCCGCUGCCAACGCCGCGCCCCGAAGCAGCGAUGGGCAACACGGCGCACAGGACCCUGCCAGACUCGAGCCCUCCCGCACGCCUCCUGUCCACCCGGCCGUGCUGUGGGCCUGGCCCCGAGCGGCGCCCGGUCCUGGGAGAAGCCCCGCGUUUCCACGCGCAGGCCAAGGGCAAGAACGUGCGGCUGGACGGCCACUCGCGCCGGGCCACGCGGCGCAACAGCUUCUGCAACGGGGUCACGUUCACGCAGCGGCCCAUCCGGCUGUACGAGCAGGUGCGGCUGCGCCUGGUGGCCGUGCGCCCGGGCUGGAGCGGCGCGCUGCGCUUCGGCUUCACGGUGCACGACCCGUCGCUCAUGAGCCCGCAGGACAUCCCCAAGUACGCCUGCCCGGACCUGGUCACGCGGCCCGGCUACUGGGCCAAGGCGCUGCCCGAGAACCUGGCGCUGCGCGACACGGUGCUGGCCUACUGGGUGGACCGCCACGGCCGCGUGUUCUACAGCGUCAACGACGGCGAGCCCGUGCUCUUCCACUGCGGCGUGGCCGUGGGCGGCCCGCUCUGGGCGCUCAUCGACGUGUACGGCAUCACCGACGAGGUCCAGCUCCUCGAGAGCACCUUCGCGGACACGCUGCCGCCCGCGCGGCUCAGCCAGGCCCGCUUCAGCGCCUGCGCGCCGCCCGGCAGCCUCGACGCCGCCAACUUCAACAACAACGAGCUGGAGAACAACCAGGUGGUGGCCAAGCUGGGCCACCUGGGGCUGGGCCGCGCCCCCGGCCCGCCCGCCGACGCCGCCGCCAUCCCGUGCGGGCCCCGCGACCGCCCGCGGCCCGUGUCCUCGCCGGCGCUGCUCGAGGCCGACCUGCGCUUCCACGCGACGCGCGGGCCCGACGUGAGCCUGUCCGCCGACCGCAAGGUGGCCUGCGCGCCGCGGCCCGACGCCGGCCGCACGCUCGUCUUCUCCGAGCGCCCGCUGCGGCCCGGCGAGAGCCUCUUCGUGGAGGUGGGCCGCCCGGGGCUGCCGGCGCCCGGCGCGCUGGCCUUCGGCAUCACCUCGUGCGACCCGGGCGGCCUCCGGCCCGCGGAGCUGCCCGCCGACCCCGACGCGCUGCUCGACCGCAAGGAGUACUGGGUGGUGGCGCGCGCCGGGCCGGUGCCGAGCGGCGGCGACGCGCUCAGCUUCACGCUGCGGCCCGGCGGCGACGUGCACCUGGGCGUCAACGGGCGCCCGCGCGGCCGCCUGCUGUGCGUGGACACCACGCAGGCGCUCUGGACCUUCUUCGUCGUGCGCGGCGGCGCCGCCGGCCAGCUGCGCCUGCUCGGCACCCUGCAGUCCAGCCCUGUGAUCCCGUCUCCGUCGGGGUCCCUCAGCGGCUCCCAGGACGAUAGCGAUUCCGAUAUGGCCUUCAGUGUCAACCAGUCCUCCUCGGCCUCGGAGUCCUCCCUGGUGACGGCCCCCAGCUCCCCGCUGAGCCCCCCGGUGUCCCCCGUGUUUCCCCCACCGGAACCGGCAGGCAGCAAGAACGGCGAGUGCACGGUGUGCUUCGAUGGCGAAGUGGACACGGUCAUCUACACGUGUGGACACAUGUGCCUGUGCACCAGCUGCGGCCUGCGGCUCAAGAGGCAGGCUCGGGCCUGCUGCCCCAUCUGCCGGCGGCCCAUCAAAGACGUCAUUAAGAUCUACAGGCCGUAGCCUGGCCCGCCGAUGGGCCUUGGCCAGAGCAAGGUCACCUUUCUGAAGCCCCUCUGGGCUGGGCAACCACCAUGGCCACCAGGGAGCCCAAGGGCAGUGGCCAUCUCGUCUGUCACUCUCCGUGGUGGGCGAGGCGUGACAGUCAUGGAGACGAGGCCCUGGGGGUCUGAGCCCAGGCGAGGGUUGCUUCUGGCUCAAGAGUGCUUCGCCCCCAAAGGCCGACCCAAAAGCAAGCUCAGGAACUGCCUGGCAGACCGCCCGUCCCUCUGGUGACCUCUCGGCUGGGAAACAGCGUCCUCUGUGCAAUGCUUUUUGCUGGGGGUGGGUUGAGGUGUGUGCGUGCGUGUGGGGGUGGGGGUGGGGACUGAGCAGGGAGAGGGCAUGUGUGAGAGAAUGAGAGAGAACGCAUCGGUAUUUAUACAGGGAUCUUGGCUCCAGGAGACUAAGGAAUGUGCGACCUGGAGCCCAGACACUAGCAAGACUAGAAGUGGCUGGCUUUCUGGGGCUGUGACAUCCGCUGGUUUUGAAUGUGUGAAGCCUGCACCUGAACAAACUCCUCGGAUGGUAUGGAAAAGGGGCUGCAGACUCCCUAGGAGCAGAGCAGGAAAAAAUAGCUCGCUGUUUACAGCUCCGAGCAGCAACUCCUUGGGGGUCAGGUGGGCGGAGAACAUAGAACAGUUUGCCUCUCUGGUUGCUAACCCGCCCUGGAGAGGCGCUGUGCUCGGCGCUGCAGCCAUGUGAGGGCUCUGGGCAGGCCGCCCCGAAGCCUUUUCCCCCCUUCGCCCCAGGCAGCCUGAUCAUAAGCACACUGCCCCUGCCCCUGCCCCUGGCUGCUUUGGGUCUGUGUGGCCCCGCUGUGUACCAGACAGCGGGUUAUCUUUUCCUGGGGAGGGAGAGAGCCUAGAGGCAGGGGCUCGCCUGGAGCUGGGAAGGCCACUGUGGGGCACAGACAGCUGGUCACGCUUCCACCCGUGCCUGUGGGCAUCACUGGGACAACCUGCUGGCAAAGUAGGAGGGAACCAGGGCUUUGCGACCUCGUAGUUCUGAUUCUCGCCCCCCCCCCCCCCCCCCCGGCUGAUCACUAGGAUGUUCACUGACCCUUAGAAUGUUGGGGAAAUUGGGGUAGAAACUGAAGAUGCUGACGUUGGACUGUCCCCCUUCCCGGGGCUAUUUGGGCAUUUCCUGGGACCCCGGCCCUGCCCUCGCCCUCCUCCCUUCUUGCCCCCAGGGCUGCCCCCCCAGCUGCCCUGUCUGGUGCCGUGCCUUUAGGCACCCCCCGGGCCUCUCUGUUUCUCAGUCCCCAGUGCAACCAAGAGGGAGCCUCGUAGCUGCCCCCUGCAGAGCGCUGGGAGGACCCACACAGCGUUCUGAAAGGCCUGAGACGCCUUGCCAAGAGCAGGUGUCACUUUUAUUACAACCCCUAACCUGUUCAUCUGUGAGGGCGGCAGGGAGAACACUCAGACUCAGGCAUUCAUAUAGCAGGUGUUGGCCGGGGCCGGCUCGGAGCGCAGCGGGGCCAUGCAUGCCCUCGGCAUAGGAAACCGCCCGGUGGUGCCCUGGGGCUGCUGCCCGUCUCAGCCGCCUCCCCUCUGUCUGGAAGUGGCCCAGUUUUCUGAUCUCAACUGCAGAAGCGCUCCUCUUGCCCCUGCAAGAACCCCUGAUUGGUCCUUUUUCCUAGCGAAUUUGGGAAACAUGCCCACAUUUUAAUUUUGCAGAAUCUCUGGGAGGGGUGGUGGCUGCUGGAACCCCAGUGUUUGCCAAGGUAAGAGCUUGAGACUCCAGGCAGCGCUCGGUGCCUCGCUGAAGUUGGUCAAUGGGAGCCUUCCGUCCUCCAGGUGCUGGGUGAGGGCACAGUGCUCUGUGAGAGGACUCGCCCCUCUCCCCUCCCCCAGCCUCCUGAUGGCCUGAGCCACAGGCACAGCUCAGGUGGUCUCAGCGGCCUGAGGAGCCCCCUGUCUGCCCCCUGGGUGCCAGGCGGGUCAGGUACAGACGCCACCAGGAGAGCAGUGACCGAGGGCCUGGCCCAGGGUGGACCAGGCCUUGCUCCUGGGACGAAAGGAGCCGGGGCUUGUCUGAUGCGCUCGCGGUUGCUAUUAAUAGCCUCCUGCAUCCAAGAGGAACGAAGAGGGUGUUUAUUUUCUAAAAUCCAGACAUUUCCUGACGCUCUACGCUGGUUUCUUCAGGGCCCCCAGGAGCCGCUGGCCUUGCCCUCGGGUUUUGUCUCCAGAGGGGCAGGAGGGAGACAGGGGCCCUCUUUCAUCUCUUGUCCUCGGCACUGGGCCAGGGAGGGGCCCCCACGUUCAUCCCGAGGGGCAGGUCUUAUCGCCAGGCCGAGUCGUGCCUAAGACAGCACCGGCUGUAAAACACGCCGCGUUACUAGGGGAAAACCGCUGCCAGUGUGAGCUGCCGGGUGCCACAGCUGGACAGCUCAUCCCAAUCAGAGAUGCUGAAAUGGAGGGUGGGGGCCCUGCUACUUGGAAUUGAUGAAAUAAGGGAUUGUCCCCACUCGGCCGGUGAGAGAACCGAGGCCCCGGGAGUGAGCGAGGUGGAGCCGCAGCGGGAGGUGCAGGGCUGGGACCCACACCCGGGAGAGUGUGGUGCUGAGUCCCCUGCUCUGCUGCUUGGCCCGAGCUUCCUUCCUUUAGACUCAUGUGACCGCCCCCGGGGGGUCUGGCCGCUGUGCCUGGAGGAGGCCCCGCCCCGGGCUGUGGCCCCUGUGCCCCCACAACCCUUGUAGGCUCCUCUGCCCACUGCCGCCGCCUCUGCUAAGCUGAGCUGGUGAGAGCUCGGGUCCACCCCAGGGCCUCCGCCUCUUCCCUCGGGCACCCCUGGAGGCAGCUUUGGGGAGGGGAAGGCCUUCUACCCCCUUCCUGGGCCCCCAGGAGUGGGUUGGAGACCCGAGGAUGCCCCUGUGCUGUGGGCUUGUGCCUGUCCUUUGGAAUCGCUAGAGAAAUCGGCCUGUUUCCAAGUCAAAACAAGCUCCCUCUCCUAGUCCAGCCCCAGGACCGGGCCUUCUGGUCGGCGUGGCCUGUGUUUGGACACAGGGUUGGGGACAUUUCCGAGGUUUGAUUUGAUCCCUCUGUGUCGGGGUCUGUGCUCGCAUGUGGUAGGUACGAGAGGUUUGCAGAGCAAUGAGAACCAGGUUCUGAGUUUCGGGGGUUGAUAGAACAUGUCCACGCCCGCAAAGUCCCUCCUCACACACCUGCUGAGUGCCUGCCAGGUGUGGGGUGCUGGGAGGACGGCCCUGGGUCUGAGGUCGGAGGCAGAGGCCGUAAGAGAGUGAUGAGACGAUGGGGGCAGGUUUCAUGGGCCUCGCUGGCCACUGUGGCCCCGGGGUCUACCUCAGUGAGUGUCCAGCCGCUGCUUCUGGACCAGAGCCUCCUGCGGGCUUCGCAAAGCCCCCACUGCGUGGGAAGUGUCAGGCGCUGCGCAGCCCGUACGUCGCUGCCAAAGGCCUCGGGCUGAACCCCCAAGUCUCCACCAGCGGGUGACCACCCUCAGGUCCUGCCAGGAGACGUGGGGAGGAGGCCAUCUGCUACUGGGGACUGGUUCCUGGACAUCGGUCCCCAGGGCCCUGGAGAACCCCGGUCAGUUCCUGUUGAGGGGGCAGUGACCUCCCUCUGGACCCCGUCUCUGCCCCGUGUCUUGGGGGACAGCGGCCCGGGACACAGGGCCUCCUGGCAUUGCUUGGUCUCUGUCUCACCGUCUCUCCCAGGUCCUCAUGAAAUGACUUGUACGACAAUCUGUCUGUGCCUUAUGAGAGUGUCUGUGCACUUUUUAUCUUUUUCUAAAGCAACUCUCCCCAUUGGGCAGGGGCUGGCAGACAUCACAGUGUCCGGACACCUCACGGUCACUGCAGGCCCGUGUUGUGUUUCGGGGUGGAGUGAGGUGCCCCCCGCCCCGCCCCCACUACCUGUGUACAGACCUUUACAAACUGUCUCUUGCUCUCAUUUUCCUGAUUCAAUACUGUGACCUCUCCAAUGCAGUCUAAUCUUUGGGGAACUGUAAGAAAGGUUGUAAAACUUGGGGCGAGUGGGUGGGAAGGGUUUGCACUGUCCUGUGUGUUGUGCUUUUGUGUGUGGUGUGUUUCGAUUUUUUUGUCUGUUUUUAUCUGUUUUAUAUUAACAUAAGUUUUCUGUUUAAAAAACCCCCACACAAAACAAAAAACAAAUACAACUCUGGCUUGUUAAAAAAGAAAGCUCUCCAGACUCAGUUUGUAAAUCCCAGGGGUGUGCACCUCUGGGGAGUGGAGGUGCAGACACGAAUCGGUGCCCGCCUUGAGGAAAUGACUUGCAAAAUGUCUCUAGGCCCUGACAAUGGUUGGUCCUUUGACCAAGUACCUCCUGCAGGAUAUUGCAAGGAAAUCAUUCCAAUCAGAGAUUAAGCUCUAAAUGUAAAGGUGUUCAUGGCAGCAUUAUCCUAUAUAAUAAAAGGUGAAUAUGCAAAUCGACCGAAC